AAGUAACAUUGUCACUGGACUUAUUUUGAUAUUGAAUACCGCCCUCUUGGCUGGUGUGAACAAUGACUUAAGCAUUAUAUCUAUAUAUAUCUGAUCUUAUACCUAUCUAUCGUUGAAUCAGUUCUACAGUUACAACUUCAAUUUGGUUCAUGAUAAUUUUUUUUUUUCACUCUUCCAAUUUUGUUCGUGUGUUGCCAAAAAUAUUUAUUUACAGUCAAACAACUUCUAUCUGGGGAAGCCAAAGCAAAGGCAACAACAACAAUAAUCAACAAUCAAAGGAUGUCACAGAUCAAUCUUAGAGUGGUGGUGUGUGGUGAUGAUUCAGUGGGUAAGUCAUCAUUAAUAGCAGCCCUUAUUAAGGAAUCUUUCAUACCGACUAUUCAAGAUGUAUUGCCUCCCAUAACCAUAUCAGGCGAUGAUUAUGAUAGUAGUUUUCAAGAAUAUCCUAUUGAUACUAAGAUAGUUAAGAAAUCAAGACGUAAUUCAUCUAAGAAAGAACGAUUUAAUGAAUCUUCCACUAAAGUAGUACUGAAAUAUAUCCCUAAUAAGACGGUGAUUAUCGAUACUAAUGCUAGUGAUAAACCUAAUUUACAAAAGGAAUUGAAAAGAGCAGAUGUGAUAUGGCUAGUAUAUUCAGAUCAUUAUACUUAUGAAAGAAUCUCAUUACAUUGGAUGCCAAUGUUUAGAUCCAUGGGAGUUAAUUUACCUAUUGUAUUAUGUGCUAAUAAAUCAGAUUUAAUUGAAAAAUCAGAUUUAAAAACUCAAAAUUCAGAUGAAUUUAUUCCAUUGAUUAAGGAAUUUAAAGAAAUUGAAGCUUGUAUACGAAGUAGUGCAAAGACGAAUCAUAAUGUGGUGGAAGCGUUUUAUUUAUGUCAACGAUCUAUAACUCAUCCUAUAUCACCUAUAUUUGAUUCCAAAGAAGGAAAUUUAAAACCAGCUGCCAUAUCUGCUUUAAAGAGAGUAUUCUUCCUAUGUGAUAAAGAUCAAGAUGGAUACCUUAAUUUCCAAGAAUUAUCUGAUUUACAUAAAAAAUGUUUUAAUAAAGAAGCUACUGAAGAAGAAUAUAAAAAUAUUUUGAAUGCUAUCGAUAAAAAACUUUAUUCUGAUGGUGAUAAUGGUGUUUCAGAAGAUGGAUUUAUCUUACUUAAUAAAAUGUAUGCUGAAGCAGGAAGACAUGAGACUAUAUGGGGGAUCUUACGAGCAUUUCAUUAUACUAACUCAUUAUCAUUAAGUGAUAAAUUUUUAUUCCCCAAAUUAGAUGUUAAUCCAAAUUCAAGUAUUGAAUUAAGUCCAGCAGGAUAUCGAUUUUUUGUGGAUUUAUUUAUAAAAUUCGAUAAAGAUAAUGAUGGGGGAUUAAAUGAAGAAGAAUUAAAUAAUUUAUUUCGUCCAACUCCAGGUAUGCCUAAGAUUUGGCAAGAAUCUCAAUUCCCAUCUACCGUAGUUUGUAAUGAAGAAGGGUAUGUUACAUUACAAGGAUGGUUAGCACAAUGGAAUUUAACUACGUUUUUAGAUUAUAAAUCAACCCUUGUUUAUUUGGCCUAUUUGGGUUUUGAUGAAGAUAUGUCAGUUAAAGCUUUGAAAGUUACUAAACCACGAAAGAGUAGACAACGACAAGGGAAAUUUUAUCGUCAAAACGUAAAUGAUAGAAAUGUGUUCAAUUGUUUUGUAUUGGGAGCACCCCAAUCGGGUAAAAGUUCAUUAUUAGAACUGUUUUUACAUGGUUCAUAUAGUGAAUCAUAUUCUCCUACUAUUCAGCCUCGAUUAUGUAUAAAAGAUAUUGAAUUAAGAGGAGGGAAACAAUGUUAUUUGAUAUUGGAAGAGUUGGGGGAAUUAGAACCUGCUAUACUUGAGAAUAAAAUGCGAUUGGAUCAAUGUGAUGUGAUUUGUUAUUGUUAUGAUUCAUCUGAUCCUGAAUCAUUUCAAUAUUUAGUGGAAUUAAGAGAGAAAUAUGCUACUUUAUUAAAUACUAUUCCAUGUGUAUUUGUGGCAUUAAAGGCUGAUUUGGAUAAACAACAACAAAGAUCAGAUGUUCAACCGGAGAACUAUACUCGAGAUUUAUAUUUAAGUCCUCCAGUUCAUAUAUCAUCAGCAUGGUCAUCAUCAGUUCAUGAACUUUUUAUUCAAUUAGUUGAUGCAGCAAAGUUUCCUAGUUCUGCCACACCUGGUUUGGAAAAGGAACCUGAAACGGCAGAUUAUGAAAACUUUAAACAUAUUUUCAUGGCUGGUGGUGCUAUAACAGUUAUGACAUUAGCAUGUAUGUGGAUUUGGAGAAGUUCUAUCCAAAGUUCGAAAGUGUAAAUAGAUAUAGACUGCAAAAUGUAUAAUAUAGGCACGACACGACAUUAACGGUUGACGACAUUUUAGAUGUCGCAUGAUUUUAAAGAUUUUUUUUUUCUUUC